UGAUAAGUGUAAAUGUGCAUAUAAUUUAUAUAAAUAUUGAAAUAAUAAGCCGCAAAAGAAAUAGAAUAAAAAAUCUAAAAAGUAAAAUUGAAAUUGUCCGCGACUAUAAAGUGCGAAAAGCGAAAGCGAAAAGCAAAAGGAAACAAAGUUUGAGAAAAGAGAUCAAUGCAAACUCGAGUAAAAUUCCAAAGCGCGCAAUACUAAAUACUUUGGAAUUUACUCACUUUGGAUUGAUCAUCACGUAGAUAGCAACGAGAGUGAAAGAAAGCAAUUCAGUGACUUGCAGCGCGAUGCAGGCGAUGCUUUGCCUUGUCGCAACUCAUGCGGCGUGCAACACGCCCCUGGCACAGCCGCACUAGUGGGGCAAGGGCAAGGACAAGGGCGAGGCCAGAGAACGAGAGCGAGAGCUAGAGAGCGGUUGUAACGGUUUGUUAGCCCCAGCAAAAAGGACCUAGCAUGGCUGCGGUGGCAGCCCCAACCGCAGCGGCGCUGUCUGCCACAGCAGCAGCAGCAGCAACGGCAGCAACAACAACAACAGCAGCCGCAGCAGCAACUGUGGCAGCAGCAGCAGCAACAACUGGCGCAACAAUUGCGAGAGCCUCGACAACAACGUUGGCCGGAAAGUUGCUUGGCCAUUUGCAGAACCGCACAGCCGAGCUGAAUGUGGAGGAUAUUGGCAGAGUCCGCGUCAGAGGCGUUGGCGUUGGCCGAGGCGGUGGCAGCGACCGCGUCCCUGGCGAUGAUGAUGCUGCUGACGAUGAUGAUGUUGGCGUCGGCGUUGGCGUCGUCGUCGGCGGGGGAGAAGGCACCGACGACAGUGUGGAUGUUGUUAGCUCCUCGACGCCCAACAGUUAUCUGUCCCUUUACGAUGAGGUGGCCAGCGCCCUAGAUGAGACGCAGGCGGUCGAGGAGGAUGAGGCGGCGGCGGCUGGCUAUGCGUUGAUCGAUGACAUUAGCGAAUGGCUGUUGAGUGCUGCCGGUGGCAACAACCUGACCAUCAGUGCAGGCACAACGCCAACAUCCGUUAGCAACAGCGGCAGCAGUAGUUUAAGUAGUUUAAGCAACAGUGGCAGCAGCUCAAAUGACACUCUCAGCUGGCUGUCACUGGACAUCGCCGAGAUGCAGAACACAACGCUCUCGAGUGCGGGUGCGAGUGCGAGUGCAAGUGGGAGUGGGAGUGGCAAUAGCAGCAGCCUUUAUGCGCUGCGCAACUUUGUCGAGCAGCAAUUGAAUGGCGGCGGCGACACGUCGCAGGACACACAGGACAUUGCGCUGAUUGAUAGUGCCGAGGAGAGCGCUCUAGAGAAUGUCGCCGAUGGCGAAACGGAUUACGGCAUUCUCGGUAGCUUCAAUGCGGCGGCCGAGGAAGCGGCAGCGGCGGCGGCGGCGGCGGGCAGCGAUGUGGAACUCCUGCGGCGCACAGCAACGAGACUAACAAAUCGAACGACAGUCACAUCCAGCUACGAUGCGGAUGCCGUUUGGUUGGCGCAGGGCGCAGCAAACGCUGCCAGUGGCAGCGACUCCUCGGGUGGCGCUGGAGCUGGGACAGCGGGCACUGGCACUGGCACCGGUGGCAGCUCGUUUAUGCUGCUGCUGGAGAACUUUAACGAUUAUUUUCCUAACUAUAAUGGUAGCACGGUUUCGGGCACAACAGUCGGCACUUCAACGGCCAGCAGCGUUCUCCUCGAUCAGAAUCUGACGAGUUUGUACAUUGAGAACUAUCGAACCAAUUGCACGAAUGCAACGCUCAAUCUAACAACGGAAUCCUGUCACGAACUCCGAGUGGUGGACCACAAUUAUUGGGCGCUGAUAUUGAUAUUGUUUCCAAUCCUAACGCUAUUCGGUAACAUUCUGGUCAUCCUCUCCGUUUGUCGUGAGCGGUCGCUGCAAACAGUUACGAAUUAUUUUAUAGUAUCAUUAGCCAUAGCAGAUCUGCUGGUCGCCGUAGUCGUAAUGCCGUUUGCUGUUUAUUUUCUGGUGAAUGGUGCAUGGGCCUUGCCUAAUGUUGUUUGUGAUUUCUAUAUAGCCAUGGAUGUGAUAUGCUCUACUUCAUCGAUAUUUAAUUUAGUUGCCAUUUCAAUAGACAGAUACAUCGCUGUGACGCAACCAAUAAAAUAUGCGAAGCACAAAAACAGUCGCCGCGUUUGCCUUACAAUACUAUUGGUGUGGGCGAUAUCGGCUGCCAUCGGUUCACCCAUAGUGCUCGGAUUGAAUAACACACCGAAUCGCGAGCCGGAUGUGUGCGCCUUCUAUAAUGCUGACUUUAUACUGUACUCAUCGCUAAGCAGCUUCUAUAUACCGUGCAUUAUCAUGGUAUUUCUCUACUGGAACAUAUUUAAGGCGUUGCGCAGUCGUGCACGGAAACAAAGGGCUGCCAGGAAGCCGCAUCUGUCGGAACUAACGGGCGGCAGCGUUAUCGAGAACAUUGCACAGACGAGGCGACUGGCGGAGACGGCACUUGAUAGCAGCCGGCAUGCCAGCCGCAUUAUGCCCGAUGAGCCGGCCACGAAUACGGCGAGUGGCUCGAAUGAGGAGGAGGACGAGAAUGCCAUAUCGCCCGAUAUCGAUGAUUGCCAUGUCAUCGUUAACGAUAAGUCCACGGAGUUUAUGCUUGCCACAGUCGUUGAGGAAACCGGCAACAGCGUUGUGGCACAGAUCACCACGCAGCCGCAGCUGGUUGUUGCCGAUCCGAAUGGUAAUCAUGAUUCUGGUUAUGCUGCAUCAAACGUUGACGAUGUCCUUGCAGGAGUGAGCGUUGGUGCCGCCGUUAGCAGCACAACGCCGCCCGACAGUCCAGUGCCCAGCGGCGCCACCUUGCAGCGCUCCAGUGUCAGCAGUCGCCGCAACACCGCCGAGGACUCGCCGAAGCGCGGCGAGCCAGCCCUAAGCAGCAGCGUUGCCAUGAAGCCAUUGUCCUUUGUGCGCUAUGGUGUGCAGGAGGCCAUGACUUUGGCACGCAACGACUCCACGCUAUCGACCACAUCGAAAACGUCCUCGCGCAAGGAUAAGAAAAACUCGCAGGCGUCAAGAUUCACGAUAUACAAGGUGCACAAGGCCUCCAAAAAGAAACGCGAAAAAUCGUCAGCGAAAAAGGAACGCAAGGCCACCAAAACAUUGGCCAUCGUUUUGGGUGUCUUUCUCUUCUGCUGGCUGCCGUUCUUCACGUGCAACAUUAUGGACGCAAUGUGCGCCAAAUUCGAUAAAGACUGCCGGCCGGGUCUGACGGCCUUUAUGUUAACCACUUGGCUUGGCUAUAUUAAUAGUUUCGUCAAUCCCGUCAUCUAUACGAUAUUCAAUCCCGAAUUUCGCAAGGCAUUCAAAAAGAUAAUGCACAUGGGGUGAUUAUCAACUGGAGUAACAGCAACAACAACAACAGCAACAGCAGUAAAAACUAAACUGGAUUAAGAGAAAAUUGUACUCGAACUGUGCCAAAAACAAAUGCAAACAAAUGAAAUUGAACUCAAAACUCGAAACUCAAUUAGACUCAUAAGAUUGUUGGUUGGUCUCAAUCGACUUACUCGUAUAUACUCGUAAUCCACAUGCAAGAGAAUAUAUACACAUAUAUAUAUAUAU